CACGUCUUAUUUCGAGGUAGAUGAGACUAAAGACUCACGAAUACGAAAAUGUGUUCGCCAAGUAGAGGAUAUCAAUAAACCGUCAGACAUAAAAGUGUCUACGGGACUUAAAUAUAGAGACACGUGGAGCACUACAGAAAACGAUGAAUUAGUAUUAUCAUAUUUAUACUUUAAAAAUGUUGUAUAUAAGUUUAUAACUAGACUCUGGAUCUUUAUGUAUUUAUUCGAAAUUUAAUGGAAGAAUUUUAUCUCUUCUAACUCUUCUAACUAUUCAUCUAAGAACAUAAAUCCGCUGUCUAGUUAACAUUACAAAAUACCAGAGACGAUGAAAAACAUUCUUUUGCUUCUUCUAGGAUCUCUGCUCUUGCACAUCAGAGAUCACGUUUGAGACAACUGCAGAUAAAGAUAUUUAUUCAUUGGAUAUGAACACUAUAUCGGAACAGACAAAUAGAGUUAGUCAGACUGUACCUAAAGGUAAAACAGAUUACACAAAGGUGACAGAACCGUGGAUCAAACAAAAGCAUAGGAAGGAUGAUUUUUUUGAGUACAAAGACUUGAAAGAUUUAGAGCAAGAAAACACGGAAUUAGAAGAAAACAGAAAGAUGAAAAACAUAACUACGAAGAAAAUAAAGGACAGAAUAGAAUCUUCGGAAGAAAUUGCAACAAUUUGUUCAGAUACAGAUAAUACUUCAUUGUAUGAUCCAACAGCAGAUUUAAAAUUAUACGGUGUUGGUCAUGAAUCGAGGAACCGACAAGCGACUAUGGAAGAAGCUGCAGGAUCUAAAAUGCAAUAUUCGGAAGUGAAUCCAACAAUCUCAGAAGGGAAACUUCCGAAAAUUGAUACUGGAAAUAAAAACACAUUUUUCGACAAGCUAAUAAGAAAGACGAAGUUCGAUAAAACCACCGAUCUAUCAGAUAAAAACAAAUCCAUUCAAACAAAAUUGCACAAACAUGAUAGAGGAGAUAAUCAUAUUGAGAAAGAUACAAAUAUCGCGGACGGAAGAAAGUUUGGUGAACUUUCUAGAGAAUUAAAUAAGGAGAGUAGAAGACAGAAAGAAAAGCAUCGUCGAAGGUCAAAACGAAGAAAACGCAAUGGUUCAGAAAAAUCAACGUUCACCGAUGACGAAGAGAUUUAUCCUGAGCUUAAAUCACGAUCAAAAAGAUCACGUCGACUUGUUCCCGAAACUGCUGAAAAAGGAAGCGAAGCAGAAGAAUUGAAAUCAUACGAAAAUGAAUACUUUGCUCGUGAAUCUCCAUCGCGAAGUUAUGGACCAGAUAUUUGUAAGAACUGUGCUUCCCAUCAUCUAGAGAUGGCGAAACGAAAAUUUGAAAUGCCUAUGGUAAAAAGAUACUUGCCCAUGUAUCAGAGUCCAGGACUGAUCGAAGAAUUGAAAAGGCACGAUCGAAUGAGAUUAAUUCGAGAAAGAGAAAUUAGAAGACGAAGAAGUGGAAGUUCUCAUCGAUCUUCAGAUGCGCAAGAUCGAAAGGUCGAUCGUUCUCCUGCACCUGAUUCGUCGCUUAAACCGAAAGAAAAGGACGGCAGACUUGCUUAUCAAGAGUCGCAAGCUUAUAAAAAUGUCUUACGCGAAUUUCAAACAAGGGCUGGACGUCAAGAAGUUCGUAAGAAACCUAGAAAUAGGAUACCGUUAAUAUGCUUGUCUGAAAAGGCAGACAAAAGUAAAGAAGUGGAACAACUAUAUCCAUGUGAAAGACAAGCUCGACAAAAGCCGAAUGUGAUGAAGAAAUUCGCUGAUAAAAUGGUAGCACCAUUCAAGCCGCCUAAAUAUAAGAAACACAAAUGCAAGACGCACAGAGGAGACGUAAAGUUUGAAGAAAUGGAAAUUAUGUAUGAUUGCUUAUGUGACGCAGAAGUUUUAAGCGAGGCAUCUUCUACUUGUAGUUGCGUUAAAAAGACACAUAAAUCUGGUACUUUAACAUCCGCCGAUGAAACAAGUGAUAAUAACGAGUCAAUCCAGUAAAAGGGUAAAAAUAAUAUCUUCAAA